AAAUUUUGAAAACCCAUGCCCUUUUUUUUUCCUCAUUGAGAAGGUGGAUUUACCCUAAAAAGGGACCAAAUUGGGGAAGUUAUGUUCUCAAAAUCACUCCCUAGAUUUAAUUGGGAUUUUAGGUCGUGUUUCCUCAAUUGGAAAAGGGCUUCUGAGACACGGGAGCGGUCAUAUGACCAUAGUGCCUAUGGACACCACGAACGCGGGACUAGUGGCUUUGAACGGACACGACAUUACGAUCAGGAUUACUAUAGAGACCCUCGCGACCGGACCUUACAACAUGGAAUAUUCUAUAACUCUUCUCGCAGGAGUCCAAGCCGCAUUGACACUCACGAAUCUCGUUACGAGUCUAGGACCCGGGAGCAGUUUACAUUGCCUAGCGUGGUACACAGGGAUAUUUACAGGAAUGACAUUUCCACCACCGCCGCCGCCGCCACCACCACCGCCACCACCACCAGGGAGGUACGAGGGAGGCGGACUGAUCGGACCUACCAGCAUAGCCGGAGUCGCUCGCCCCAUUCAUCCCAGUCUAGGAACCAAUCCCCUCAGAGGCUGGCCAGCCAAGCGUCACGGCCCGCCAGGUCACCCAGCGGCAGCGGCUCUAGGAGUCGAUCGUCUAGUAGUGACUCCCUCAGCAGCAGCAGUAGCACAAGCAGUGACAGGUAGGUCUCAUUGCAGAUGUUUGCCAGGCUCUAUCGGGAACAAAAAUUCUCCAGCACUCAGCACUGAUUGCCAGCAUAGGGGACCCGCUUACAACCUGUUUUUUAAAAAUUUUAAUUUAAAGAAGUAAAAUAAAAGGUUUCGUAUAAAUAUAUAUUUCUAUGUGGAGGGUGAUGAACGCAGCCAAGAGGACUGAGUGCUGGUACGUUUAUUUGUGUGCGUCUGCAGAUAAUGGACUUGUCUCUGAUUGUUAGAAAAUGGGCGGCUUCCCAUUCAAAUUUCACUUGUAUAAUGCGGGUCUGUUUCGGUUGUAUAGUGUGGGAUUGUUUUUGGUUGUAUAGUGUGA